CGCAGCUGCAGUGACACAGUAAUAACACACACAACAAUCAUGGCGGACAAUGAAACCCUGGAGUGUAUAACGGAGCACGAGCGGAUUUUACAGGAAAUUGAGAGCACGGACACGGCUUGUGUCGGCCCCACACUUCGGUCUAUCUACGAUGACCAGCCAAAUGCCCACAAACGCUUCAUGGAGAAACUGGAUGCCAGGAUACGGAACCAUGACCGGGAGAUUGAAAAGAUGUGUAAUUUCCACCACCAAGGUUUCGUGGACGCCAUCACAGAGCUCCUUAAAGUUCGGACUGAUGCAGAGAAGCUGAUGAACCAAGUGACAGACACAAAUCGAAGAUUACAAGAUGCUGGGAGGGAGGUGACAUCUCAGACUGAGGAGGUGAUUCGCUGUCGGAUCCAGCAGAGGAACAUGGCUACCACAGUUGAGAAGCUCCAACUCUGUAUACCAGUUCUGGAAAUGUACAGCAAACUAAAAGAGCAGCUGGAAUCCAAAAGGCACUAUGCUGCUUUGAAAACUAUGGAGCAACUAGAGAAAGUCUAUAUACCGAGGGUCAGCCAAUACAGAUUCUGUCAGAUCAUGGCAGAAAACCUGCCCAGACUGAGAGACGAGAUCAAGGACAUCUCAAUGUCUGACCUAAAGGACUUUCUUGAGAGCAUCAGAAAGCACUCUGACAAGGUUGGAGAAACAGCAAUGAGACAGGCUCAACAGCACAGGACAUUUAACAGCGCAGUUGCAAAGCAGGCUAGUAUGGGCCACUACACAAAGCCUGUGUACUGCAUCAAUGGACGAACACACACUGAAAUUGGAAUGAUGAUGGACGAUGACACCGGAGAUGAAGAUGAAGCUGAUGAUGAGAUCCUUGCUGCUCAGGAUUUGGUGGACUUCUCUCCAGUCUACAGAUGUUUGCACAUAUACACAGUACUGGGAGACAGAGAAACAUUUGAGAAUUAUUACCGGAAACAGCGAAAGAAACAAGCCAGACUGGUGCUGCAGCCACAGGCAAACAUGCAUGAAACUGUGGAAGGGUACAGGAGAUACUUCAAUCAGAUAGUAGGUUUUUUCGUUGUGGAGGACCACAUUCUCCAUGCAACAAAAGGGCUGGUUACCCGUGCUUUCACUGAUGAACUGUGGAACAUGGCUCUCUCCAAGAUCAUUGCUGUGCUCCGGACACACUCAUCAUACUGUGAAGAUCCAGACCUGGUCCUGGAACUGAAAAACCUUAUAGUUAUAUUUGCUGACACGCUUCAGGGUUAUGGUUUCUCAGUAAAUCGUCUUAUCGACCUACUGUUCGAAGUCAGAGACCAGUACAACGAAACUUUGCUGAAGAAGUGGGCGCUCGUUUUUCGGGAGAUCUUCGAGGUUGACAACUACAGUCCUAUACCAGUGGAAACGGAAGAGGAAUAUAAGUUGGUUGUCAGCCGCUUUCCCUUUCAUGAUGCAGAAAUUGAGAAGCAAGACUUCCCCAAAAAGCUGCCAAUGUCCCAGUCCGUCCCUCAGAUCUACAUGCAGGUCAAGGAGUUCAUCUAUGCCAGUCUGAAGUUUUCAGAAUCACUUCAUCGCAGUUCAACAGAGAUUGACGAUAUGCUAAGAAAGUCAACCAACCUACUGCUGACAAGAACUUUGACUAGCUGUCUGCAGAACCUCAUAAAGAAACCUCACAUAGGACUGACUGAGCUGGUGCAGAUCAUCAUUAACACCACCCACCUGGAGCAGGCCUGCAGGUAUCUGGAGGAGUUCAUAUCAAACAUCACCAACAUCUCCCCGGAGACUAUUCACACGACCAGACUCUACGGCUUGUCCACUUUUAAGGAUGCCCGUCAUGCAGCAGAAGGAGAGAUUUACACCAAAUUAAAUCAGAAAAUCGACGAGUUCAUCCAGCUAGCAGACUAUGAAUGGAAUAUGGUGGAAUCCGAUGGUCGUGCCUCAGGAUACCUUAUGGACCUCAUCAAUUUCCUCCGCUCAACCUUCCAAGUCUUCACACAUCUUCCGAAUAACAACAAUGACCAUGCGUCGAUGUCGGGUAAAGUGGCCCAGACAGCCUGCAUGUCUGCCUGUAAGCACCUGUCCACAUCACUGAUGCAGAUGCUGUUGGACCCCGACCUCAAACAGAUCAGCAUGGGUGCCAUUCAACAGUUCAACUUAGAUGUCAUUCAGUGUGAAUUAUUUGCAAGCUCAGAGCCAGUACCAGGUUUUCAAGGUGACACGCUCCAGUUAGCCUUCAUCGACUUGCGACAGCUCCUGGACUUAUUCAUGGUGUGGGAUUGGUCUACGUACCUGGCAGACUAUGGUCAACCAACCUGCAAGUACCUGAGAGUAAACCCGGCCAUGGCUCUGGCUUUACUAGAAAAAGUCUACAGAGGGAUGAAGGACAGCAGUAAGAAGAACAACAUCUUCUCCCAGUUCAGGAAGAACGACAGGGACAAACAAAAGCUUAUAGAGACUGUGGUCAAACAGCUGAGGAGCCUGGUUAACGGCAUGUCCUCGUAAACACACGCACAUUCUGCAAAACAAGCAUGCACACACACUGAACUGCCAAAAAAUUAACAAUAAAAAACUCUACACACAAUAAAGGCACAGCAAUACAGACGAAGUUUGCAGGGACAUGUGAUCAUAUCAAGUAUUGUCUGUUACUGGACUUGAUGUAAAUGGCACACACAUACACACAAAAAUACAGUUCGCAAGAAUGAACAGUUGAAUAAUUGUAAAGUAUUUUUAAUGCCUAUAUUAACAAGACUAUAUUUACUAUACUGUUUAUAUAUUUGAGAGAGUGCAAUGUUUGUAGCUGCAGAGGAAGUGACGGGCAUAAGCACCGCAACACAGCAGUCAACAGUGGACCACCACGCAUUGCAUUUCCUUGACCUUAGUGACUUUGUUUACCUUCAAUACGUCACCCCACUAAAAUUCAAGUCCAUCACCUUCAACUCUGAGGUAUUGUUGCUGCCUACUGCCUGUUUGAAGGAAGUCAGGUGCUGUGCUGUGGUCAUUGUAGAAUCAAAGUUAAUAUUUGUCCCCUGACCCAGGAAAGGAAGUCACAGUCAGCCACAGAGCAUCGGAAGCUCCUGAGAUAGACAACCCUUGACCUGACAUAUGGUAAACCAAAGUUCGUGUUCAAGGAAACCAUGAGCUUUCCUCAUAUUAUCUCCUUGCAACCUCGAGUUUCCAGGAGCUAGUUUAUCUUUGUUGCAGUCAUAGCAUUUUAGCAUGAAGAGAUGUAAACCUGGCUCUUGGGGGCGGGGGGGGGUCUCCAACUACAGACUAUUACAGACAUUAGCUAGCAUAAUCUCUCACCUGCUUCUCAAGUCUUGAAACUCAGUCUUGAGUUAUUACCUAGAUACAGUACAAAAUCAGCAACAAGGUAAAAAGAGUCUUGUAUCAGGGUCAGGUUGUAUGUCCUAGACCACUGCUGUGUGAUCCAAAAUAGACCACAUAAGGGAACAGCAAGAAGGGAGAAUGUGUGCGACAGCCCACUUGUGUAGACUCGACAGGGGUAUGCAACCUGUGUUCAUUAGAGAAGGGACAGUAUCGCUGAGCUUGCGUGAGCGUAGUAGGCUUCUGACAGUAGGUGGGGACAUUGUUAGUCACUGCUAACACUUGACUGCAUCUCAAGAGCAGGGUCUUCUCUCCUCAGUACUGAAAUCUACUUUUCACUGCAGUCCCAAACAUUGGGUGUACAGACUCCUCAGUUACCUGUUCAGUUGAGACCAUUUGAUUUUUCACCUAUUUCGUAUAAGCACAGCAAUAGCGGCCUGAUUUGUCUCUGGAAUGUUGAAACCUGUACAUUCCCAAAGCAUUUUUUAAAUAUUUAUUCUCUGCUCAACUCUCAGCAGAUAUUUUUGCACUGAAGAAAAAUGAUGAUUUCUCCAUUCUUUCUUAGUUUGUUUUGCUUUUUUUAACCAGUUGCUUGUAAAUCUCACUGUACAUACUGCAUAUUUUGUAAACAAAAAAUAUUGCAGCUGGUUUGUGCUGCAAAUUCUGUUGACAGUAAAUAUGUAAAUGAAGAAGAGUGAAAUUAUUCAUCGAGUCCAGUGUGAUGGAUUUGAUGCCGUUUGCAUGGUUGAUAUUUGAGUGUGUACACUCUCGUACUGAUUCUGAAGGACCUCUCUAACCUUCAUUAUUAUCCUCCAAGAUAUCUGUCAUGUACCGGAAUGUAUGCAGGAGCUGUUGAUGUUUCCUCUGCAGGUGUCGUCUAUUGGACCGCUCUGAGGCUCUAGCAGCUAUGUGCGUAACAGAGGACAUUUGCACUUUAAGGGUCCUUUGAAAUCUUCCUCAUGACGUCUGCCACUUUAAUUUCUUUCUCUGAUGAAUUAUGGGUGUUUCAUGCUGCACUCCCAAGAUUCUGAUAUGACGUGAAAUCACUGUAAACCACACACAGAGUCAACCAAACCAUUGACUUCCCACAACCUUCAACAGCUUGUGUCAUUUUAUUUUGGAAAAUUUUAUUUUUUCAUCAAGAAUCUCACACAGCCCAGGCGUCAAUUCAAAGUCUUACUGUAGCUUAGCAAAGGGCAGCGUUCUUACCUGCCCCCUCCCACAGAAGUGGUCCCACAUUGACGUCCAAAUGAUUUUUUGCUUUAACUUUUGUCUUUGUGACUGAGAUCCCAAAUGGCUUUUGAUUUAGUGUGCUGUAAUAAAAGACAACUGAACGUAA